GGCCAACCCAGGCCUUAAGCCCUAAGAGAAAGAUCAGUCAGUCCUUAAUCACUCACCACAAGAUUUGUUCAAGUAAGGAUUCUAGUGACACCAGGCCAGCUUCAUCUCAGCUGACUUCACCAGCUCAAUCCUGAAUCUGAAUGUCUCUGAGCUCCUAUUUAAAGGGAAUUUUCUCCUAUGUCACCUCCCCUAAGUUCUUCCAUCUACCAAUCACAAUAGACGUUUUUCAAAGGACAGACCAUUCUUAGUUCACACCUAAGGCGGCUUAAAUUUUUUUAUUAAGUUCACACCAGAAAACUUCUGAGUAAGUUUCUCACCUCUUUGCUCCUUGUAAAUUCACAACUUGCCUGACCUUUAUAGGUACUUAGCACCCUUUUGUAUUAUAUCCAAAAAUAGGCAUAGCUUAAGAACUUUUUGUCUUACUAUAAGAAUGGGUUUAAAUACUUUUCAUUGUUCAGCAAAGAGUUUACAACUUUAUCUUCCCCUAAAGCAUGCUUAAGUAUGGUGAAGUAGAGUUCUCACAUUCCUGAUCAAGUACCUUCACUGCCCAAAUGAGGAAUGGUCCCAAUGGGGAAUGGUCUUAACCCAACCUUAUGAAGUAGGGUCUGGGAAUUUUUUAAGGUUUACAAUCUUAACCUUAUGAAGUAGGGUCUGAGAAUUUUUAAGGUUCACACCCCUCUAGGGUAAGCCGAGGGUUCCGGGGCUCCAGAUCCACUCUAACCCUCUCACUGUCCAGGACUAGUCAGGGAGAGUCAGGCCCAGAGCAUGGAGAUCAUGCUGGGCCAAAGGCACCUCAGGGAGAGCAACAGCCUGUGGCCCGGCUCUCCAGAGUCCCUUUAUAGGGGGCCCUGGUGGCUCCUGGAGGUUCCCCUGAAAAGGCAAAGGGGGCCUGGGGAGGCUGCAACAGCCUCAAGCUACAGCCCUGCUCAAAGACUUCAGAGCUUUCCCCAGAGCCCCUGCCUAGAAUGUGGGCUGCCUGUCCUUCCCUCUCCAGAGCUAGCUGAGCAGCGGGCCUUGGGCUUUGGCUCUGAGCUCUGCAGGAAAGGCCCCGGGGCGCCUCCUGAGACAGGCCCAAACUUUCGGGUGGCCCCCCCACACCCCCUUUGUGUCCAGGGGCUGGAGAGGACCUUCCUCCGGGGUGCUGCCCCCUUCUUCCUUGUCCUGCCUUGCAUGGGACCCGGGGAAUGCUGCCAGCUGGCCCCCCCUGACCCUCCUGACCCAUGCAUGAGGUCACAACGGGGGCCUCCUGGCUGUGUUACGCCUGCGAGGCUGCCCCUUCUUAGCUCAGCUGUCCCAGAGAGCCAUAGCCAGUCUGCCCUCCCCGCAGAGAGUAUCCUGGCCCUCCUCCAGCAGCCCCCUCCACCCCCACCCCAGAGCCCUGAUCUUCAGGCGCACCGAGACUCCCUGAGCCCAAUGAAACCCCGGAAACCCUCACCAGUUGUUCUGCCCGGAGAGCUCCACCUGCCGGAAGUGGAAGCGGAACUAUCCUUCCCGCUGUGCUUCCCCAAGCCUGGCCCUCUACAGAGAGCCGUGGCGGAGGGCAACUACCCGCCCCUCGGGCCGUUCACGGCCAUGUUCGAGAGUGACUUUCUGCAGGUGACCCCAGGCAGGCCGAUGGGCCCGGCUGGGGGAGGACGGGGGAGGGCUGGGAGGCGGCGGCGGGAGGGGGGGGGGGUAGUGGGAGGCACUGAGGGGGUGGCAGGGGGCCGUGGGGGCGGGGGCUGUGGGGGAUGGCAGGGGUGGUAG